GAGAGAGAGAAGAGAGGGAGGAGAGUGAGAGAGACUGACAGUGACACGGACACUGACACUGACACUGUCCCUGCCACAGUCACAGCGCACGCAUCGCGGUUCCCGGGUGGCUGGGGGUCUUGGCUCUUUGCAGCAGUGCAGCCGCUUUCCCAGUCCCUACUGCUCAUGGAGAAAGUGCCGAGUGAGAUGGAGAUUGAGCGGAGGGAGCGGAGCGAGGAGCUGUCCGAGACCGAGAGGAAGGCGGUUCAGGAUACGUGGGCCCGGCUAUAUGCCAACUGCGAGGACGUGGGGGUGGCCAUCCUGGUGAGGUUCUUUGUGAACUUUCCUUCUGCUAAACAAUAUUUCAGUCAGUUCCAGCACUUGGAAGAGCCACUGGAAAUGGAGCGAAGCCCCCAAUUGCGCAAACAUGCCUGUCGAAUCAUGGGUGCCCUCAACACUGUGGUGGAAAAUCUGCAUGACCCUGACAAGGUGUCUUCUGUGUUGGCACUGGUGGGCAAAGCCCAUGCUUUAAAGCACAAGGUGGAGCCUGUCUACUUCAAGAUCCUCUCUGGAGUCAUUCUGGAGGUGGUCGCUGAGGAGUGUGCUAAUGACUUCCCAUCUGAGGCGCAGAGAGCCUGGUCCAAGUUGCGUAGCAUCAUCUACAGCCAAGUGACUGCUGCCUACAAGGAAGUGGGCUGGGUGCAGCAGCUCCCCACCACUAACAUUCCACAGGCCACGCUGCCUUCUUCUCGGUCAUAGUGUCCCACUCCCUCCUUUCCCACUCCCUGGCAGCACCUUGAGCAGAAGGCCAAGCUCCAAAGACCAACUUGUUCCUUCGUACCUGGGUGCUGAGGAAGCUGGAAGAAUCAAAAUCAUCUCCAGAGAGUAAGGCUACCACUCUGGCUACCCUAGAGCUGCUGGGAGGUGGCCCUGGCACUCUGGAUGCUGAGUACAGCCCGGGGGCCUACUGGUGAGGGCUAUUGAGGGGUGUAGGGGACCUCCCUACAGAACUGGGCCCACUAUUUGUAGCUUUUCUAUCCACUGUUAGAGAGAGACCAGGCUGAGGGGCUGGCGGACAGGCAGGGCAGGGUUUGUUACUCUCUCCAAGAAUAAACCAGCCACUGUUUCUAUCUGCCUGACCAGCAUGCAGGUCUCCACAUAACAUAUCUAUAGUAUCAUACACGCACAUCUACUGCAUAUCAAAAUA